AUGUUAGAAAUGGACCCUGUGCUGUCCGGGUCACUGUGCUUCUUGAUACUGGCGAUUGCUAUGUACCUCAAGUUUAUCCGUGAGCAGCCGUGGAGUGAUGAGGAGCUGACGGACCACAAGAGCAGUCCUGUGGAUGGCGGGAGCGACAAUGACACCAGACCCUUUUUGCACCCGGCGUCUCCUGUUGGCAGGGGGCAGUCCCAGGAGCAGAAGCGAGGACCUGGACAGGGACGACAAGUGGUCAAGCAAAAGAAGACGCAGAUGCAGCACUUGCCGCUGCAGCCUCUUGAUGGGUACGCGGGGAUCAAGCCGGGUAGAGAGACGUCGUCCUUUGCGGUGGCGGCGACUGGUGAUGAUGAUGUGGCUGCAUCUGGGGUCAAGUACCUAGUCACGCAUCAGCCUAUGCGAAGGCGUACACAGAGUGGGACAGCGGCGUCCUCGGCUAUGUGUGGUGACGACGCCAAAUGUGCUGUUGUAGACAGUGAAGAGAUCAUCAUGGACCAGCUGCCCACAACAACGUACGAAGGAUCGAAUUACGACCAGUGCAUACCGCAGAGGGUGUCGGAGGACUCUGGAAAGAAUCAACAUCGGAUCACAUUGGAUGAUUACGACGAAGAGAUGGGUUAUGUGUCGCCUCCUCGACAUGAAGGUGCAGCUGAAGGUGCAGCAAACGUUUUACUGGAGAGUGUGUCGUUUGAAGCUGAGAAUGACGGGUUUUACGACUUGGAAAAGCAUUUGCCGGACGACCGUGUGCUUGAUGUUGCAGACAAAUCGGACCGAGAUCUUAGGCUGAUGCAGAUUGGGGGGAAAUAUAGCGGUGGGGACCUGCUGGAACCAUCCGAUGUAGCGGAUGCAUCUGAUAACGCAAAAACACUGAAAACGAACGUCGAGCGGCAGUUUGUGCGUGAUGUUGCUCCGCCAGCUCAAAUGCAGCUCGAGGUUGCGCGAAAGGCACGUAUCCCGCUGUUUUUACACUCCCCGAUGUAUGUGAAAGCUUCUGCAACCCCUCUCGUUGAUGAGGUUGAUGUCGAGUUCACAGCAGCAUUCGCAGUGACGAAAGCACAGGUAAAACAAGGCGCUGGGAACGGCGAAGCACUGGCACGAGAUGUUGCAGAACUUGACCGAGUGAAUGGUGCUGGAGGUGGAAUGGCAGAAGGUGCUCAUGGAACUUCCAUGCGAAGAAAGAGGCCCAAAUUGUCGAAAGCCAAAAGUGACAGUUUGCACCUAGAUUUCAAGGAGCUGCAAAUUGAUGAGAUGAUUGGUCAGGGUGCGUUUGGCACGGUGCAUCGUGCCAAGUGGCGAGGGACUGUCGUGGCUGUAAAGAUUCUGGUUUGUCAGUAUCUGACAGCUGAUAUACUCGAGGAGUUCGAAGCCGAAGUGCAGAUCAUGAGCAUAUUGAGGCACCCGAACAUUUGUUUGUUGAUGGGUGCAUGUCUGGAACCACCCACGCGCUGCCUCGUGAUUGAAUACUUGCCUCGUGGAUCGCUGUGGAAUGUCAUUCGCCAAGAUGUUGUCAUUGAUGUGGCCAAACAGUUUGGAUUCGCGCGUGACGCGGCGCUCGGUAUGAACUACCUGCACUCGUUCCAGCCGCCGAUUUUACAUCGCGACUUGAAGAGUCCGAACUUGUUGAUCAAUUCGUCCUAUGCACUCAAGAUCUCGGAUUUUGGUCUAGCGCGAGUGCGUGCACGCUUUCAGACGAUGACAGGGAACUGCGGGACAACACAGUGGAUGGCACCUGAGGUGCUCGCUGCCGAGAAGUACACGGAGAAGGCGGAUGUGUUCUCAUACGGCGUUGUGGUUUGGGAGACUGUUACGCGGCAGUGCCCAUAUGAAGGCCUGACUCAAAUCCAGGCGGCACUCGGCGUGCUGAAUAACAACUUGCGACCAAAGGUUCCCGAGAACUGCUCGCCUUUAUUCAAGCAGCUCAUGACUUUAUGCUGGGCAAGCGUCCCCGAACAGCGACCAAGUUUUGCGACGGUGCUAGAGAUUUUGAAUAGCUCUGCCGAAGGCAUGUUGCUGUCCCUAUAA